UAAAUUUCAUUGAAGAUAAGCUUCCCUUUCUUGACCGCCAUUCCAUCUAAUAAAUGUUCCAAAUGUAAAGGCCUUACUACUUCACGUUAUUGAUGGGGAAUUGUUGCAGAAAAUCUAACAAAUGCACUCAUGCUACUUCCACUAAUUGUUCUGCAGGAAAUACAAAGUCUGAAAGUGAGCAGAAGCCUUCAGAAUGUUCGAGAAAAGUAUUGCAAGUUGAUGAAACAACUGCUGAUUUGAAGAUCAAGUCGUUCAGCUUCAGUGAUCUGAAGAAUGCAACGAAGAACUUUCGAUCGGAUUUUCUUAUUGGAGAAGGAGGAUUUGGGUGUGUGUUCAAAGGAUGGAUUGAUGAAAACACUUUGUCUCCAGCAAAACCAGGAAGUGGAAUUGUGGUGGCUAUAAAGAGACUCAAAGAUGGAAGUUUUCAAGGUCACAGGGAAUGGCUGGCUGAAAUAAACUAUUUGAGUCAGCUUCACCAUCCCAAUCUUGUGAAACUAAUUGGGUAUUGUGCAGAAUCAGAAAACAGACUUCUGGUUUAUGAAUAUAUGCCCAAAGGAAGUUUGGAGAGCCACUUAUUUAGAAGAGGAGUUGAACCGAUUGGUUGGGCCACAAGGAUGAAAAUUGCCAUUGAUGUUGCAAGAGGAUUGUCAUUUUUGCAUGGUUUAGACUCCAGUGUCAUCUACCGAGAUUUAAAGGCUUCCAACAUUCUACUUGAUUCGGACUUCAAUGCAAAGCUUUCAGACUUUGGUUUAGCAAGGGAUGGUCCAACAGGGGACAAAAGUCAUGUUUCAACAAGAGUUGUUGGAACAAGGGGUUAUGCUGCUCCUGAAUAUGUAGCCACAGGUCACUUGAAUCCCAAGAGUGAUGUGUAUAGCUUUGGUGUUGUCUUGUUAGAGUUGCUAUCAGGAAGGCGAGCAAUGGAGGACGAAAGAGUUGGAGUUGUGGAAGAAAGUCUUGUGGAGUGGGCAGGACCAUUCCUGAAAGACAGUCGACGAGUGCUUAGAAUCAUGGACACAAGGUUGGGCGGUCAGUACUCAAAGAAAGCUGUCCAAGCUGUUGCUGCAGUUGCUUUGCAGUGCUUACAUGACGAUCCGAAGAACAGGCCUAACAUGGUUAAGGUUCUAGCUACUUUAGAACAACUGCAAACAUCGAGAGACAUGGCAUUGACACCACCACAUGCUAAAAUGGCACAUCCCAGAUCUAUGCAAACUAAUCGUCCUCACAAAACACCUUCAUCUGUAUGAUAAAUAUUAACCAUAUGCAGCUUGUGUAAUUUGUACUUUGUAAAGUUAUGGCUUAAGAAAAUAUAUCUCCUUCAUAUUUUGAAGGUCUAAAUGCUAAUAAAAUCACUGUGCCAUUACCUACA